AUGAAGUUGUUUGCUGCCCUCGUCGUUGCUUCCGCUGCCGCCACCAAGCAAUCCGUGACCACUCUCUCGUCCGAUGAACGCACGGCGCUACGCGCGGAGUUGGCCAAGUGGCGCCAGGAGUUUGGUGCCAAGGCCGCCGCCCGGGGUCUGUUGCCCCGUGCUGCCAAAAACUUGAACCCGUUGGAGGCGGAAUUGGACGCGCUGCAGCGCUUCCACGAUAACAAGCUCGCGAUUGAGCAAGCCCGCCGCAACAACCCCCAAGCCACGUUUGACUACAACCACCCGUUCGCUCUCUUGACCAAAGACGAGUUCAAGCGGCUCGUUGUGGGCCGUUCUUUCCAGCAAGGCGUCAAUGCCGUUGAAUCGCUCCCAUCGGUCAACAUCGCCCCAAGUGGCGUCCAAGCGUCGUCGGUGGACUGGAGCACCGGCCCCUGCGUCAACCCCAUUCGUUUUCAAGGAUAUUGCGGAUCGUGCUGGGCUUUCUCAUCGGUGGGGACGGCCGAAUCGGCCCACUGUAUCAUGACGGGACAACUGCUCGACUUGUCCGAGCAACAAGUGGUGAGUUGCUCGACCAACGGUUACAACAUGGGCUGCAAUGGUGGUUUUGAAGAUGCUGCACUUGACUACAUCACGGCGGAAGGGGUGUGCUUGGAAAGCGAUUAUCCUUACACGUCGGGCGACGCGAAUGAUACCGGUGUGUGCAGCAACUCGUGCGGCAAGAUCAAGCUCCAAGUUGGGUCGACCGUCCGCGUGAAUGGCGAAGUCGACACGAUCAUGGCAUUGAACUAUCAGCCUGUGUCGGUGGCUGUCGAAGCGGGCAACGCCGAGUGGAUGAACUACCGCAGCGGCAUCAUCACCCAGUGCCCUGGCGCGAUCUCCGACCACGCCGUCAUUGCCGUGGGGUACGACCCCUGGUCGAUCAAGAUCCGCAACUCGUGGGGUGCGGACUGGGGCGAAGCCGGACACAUUCGCUUGCAACGUGGCGGAGCUGGCAAAGGCACGUGUAACGUCGUCGAAUUUGUGUCGUUCCCCAACAUCGGCGGUGUCACGCCCAAGCCAACUCCCGCCCCCACGACCACCACGGCCAAGCCCAAGACCACCACUCCCCAGCCCAAGCCCACGACUACUCAAACGCCUGCUCCUCGUCCUGUCGUGUGCGGUUCGUGCACCCAAUGCUACUACCCGGCCGCCUCCCAGUGCUUGGGCGCCGAGUAUGACAAGAACUCGUGCGACUACUACAGCUCGACCUACGGCACUGUGUGGUGCGGCUACUAA